ACAGAUAAGAAAAUGAAAGUUUUGUUUCUUGACAAAAAGGAACAGGGUUGUUUAUUGCUUCAAGAGUUAGGAAAAGUCUAGAGAACGUAUUUGUUUGAGAUGACAUAAAUUUGUUUGUAGUUCUCUUUCAAAUUUUGAGUUAUUUCAUGCGUAACAUAAGCAGGUUAAGGUAGUUAUAAGCAUGGCCUCGGCCUCCAAGCAAGGUCAUGAAAGUUUGGAGUCCUAUGUGGAUAAUCUUAGGGUAAAAAUUUCUGAACAUUACAAACCUCCUCCCCGUAUCAAUGUAGCAAUGACUUAUGCCCAGAGACUUACCCUUAACAAACACAUACAAGACAAUAUGCCAAAUUAUGAAUUUGUACUGGAAAAUGCGGUCCUGGAAAGAAUGAAGGAAUGGAAGAGUGUUAGGAAGUCAACUUUCGAGGAAAGGAAAACAAAAGUCGAACAACUGAAAAAUGAGCUGAAGGAGAAGCAAAUAGAAUCUGUUGAAAAUGUGGAGGUUAAGACUGUAGAUCAAACUGCGGCUGUACCAAAUAUCAAUAAUUAUAAUUCCAAUGAUACGAAUAUCGUAUUUGCUAGUUCCAGUAUUAAUAAUCAGAAUUUCACUAAUUAUACGACUUCUAACAACAUUCUCAUACCCAUGCAGAUUUCCACUAACUAUUCAAAUAUUCUGACGCCCAUACCAUUAACAAAGGCUGUAAAUCAACAGUAUAAUUGUAAACCAGUUGAUAAAAGCCCGUUUAAUCUCUCAGACUUCGAAAAUGAUACGUCUAGUCCAUUCGACAACAUGGAACUAAAAUCAAUCAAUGACAUGGAGGAGUUAGCGCAAGUACUCAAAAGAGAAGAAGGCAAAUACAAUACUAAUAUGAACACACCUAUGUAUCAACAGUACCAAGUUACCCCUCAAGUCGCAAGUCAGUCAGCGAGCGUAGGCCAGAUGCAACAGAAUAUUCCAAAUUACUUAGGUUAUACUUACAGCAUUCCAGAUACAGUUUCAUAUGCUCAGCCUGUUAUAUCUGACUACUCACAGACAAACGGUUAUUAUUACUCCCCGGACAUUUUGAGACAAAAUGAAUCCUAUAAUUCGAGUUAUUUGUAUUCGAAACCUAGCAAUGCCGGCUAUAAUCAGGUUUUACAGACGGCAUCUUUAGAGUCGAAGAAAUCGAACUGUAAAAGCGUGCCAGAUAUCAUAAAAUCUCUCGAAGUGGAACUAGAAAAUUCUCAUUUGGACAAUAUGUUACCAAACACUUCAGAUAUCAGGGGAUAUGUCAGUCCUCAGACGAGUCGGCCUAAGAGUACAGAGGCUGUAAUGUAUCCUAGGGUUAAGGACAAGGACGACGAUCUAGAUAAUCCAUUCAAUGCUUUGCCGAAAGCGCAACAGGAUUUGUGUAGGUCUAUUAGCUCAAUGGGGUUCCCACUGUCGAGAGUGGCUAGGAGUUGUAAAAUAUUAGGAAGUGAUCAUAAGAAGAUAGUGGAACAUUUACUGGCUUUAUCUGAUCUCCUGGACUUGGGUUUUUCUGAGAAGGCGGUGUCCGAGGCAUUGCUGCAAUGUGGUAACGAUAGGGAUAAAGCCCUGGAUAAAUUAAUUUCGUAAGGUCCUUUCCUACGAGGCUGUGCUGUAUUAUUAUCGUUUAAGCUUUAAUAUAUUUAUUUGUUCUUAAGUUAUUUAUUUGCUCCUAAAUUUUAAUUGAAUAAGUUGAAAGUACCAACUUCUUACGGUUGUAAGGAAAUGGAAUUUCAACGGAACCUAUUUUAUUGUGAUUACUGAGCCAUUGGAAGUUGUGAGAAGAUAAUUUUUGCGAGGUUACGGGGUAAAAUUUUAUUUGUAUGAAACAAAGUGCAAAGUUGAAAUAUUAUCUUGCUUGUCUCUGUUUCGGUAAUGGUGUCGAUAAGUUACAGAUUAAGGAACCCACGGUCAUCUUUAAUAUGCAUUUUAAAGAUAUGUAAUGUGAAGACUUUGCUCGACUCCUCAAUAUUUCAUUACUUUAAAUAAUCUGAAGCAAUUAUUUUUAGUAAUUAUACACUGCAAUUAUUUUUAAUAUCUAAGCUUUGUAAGACCCUUAAUUGUAAAUUUAAAAUACUCUGAAAUAUGUAUGAAUAAAGUAAAUUAUCUUUGUA